AUGAGUGCCAACGAUCCUGGACAUAUAAAUAAUCUUAAUAAAGAUCAAGAAGAAAAUCUUAAAAGUUUUUGGAUAUCUAUUAUUGAUAAAAUAAUCAGUGAAAAUAAAACUUCAUUGGAAAAUUUCUAUGAUUCAAUUUAUGGAAAAGAAUUAUUUUAUACAUUUGGUUAUAAUAAUCCCGAUGUUACUGUACUACGAUGGCUUCGAGCAAGAAAAUGGAAUGUUAAUCUUGCUUUAGAACAACUUAUUGAUACAUUAAAAUGGAGAUUUCAAUGCAGUGUUAAUCAACUUGUUUCUAAAGGAGAAUCUGAACUUUGUUACGAAGAAAUUCUAACAGGUAAAACAUUUUAUAUUGGUUAUGAUCGGGAUGGUCGUCCAAUAGAUUAUGUUUCGGUAAAGGACCAUAUAAAAGGUCAAUUUUCAUCAGAAUCAACAGAAAAAUUAACUGUGUUUUCCAUGGAAAUAGGACGAAAAUUAUUACAAAGUCCAAUUGAAUCUGUGACAGUUAUUUUUGAUAUGACCGGUUUUUCAAUGAAAAAUAUGGAUUAUCAACAUACACAUUUCAUUUUAAAUCUUCUACAAAAUCAUUAUCCUGAAUCACUUGGUCUUGCACUUAUUGUUAAUGCUCCAUGGUUAUUUAAUAGUUGUUGGCAUAUUAUUAAACUAUGGUUAGAUCCAGUUGUUGAAAGUAAAUUUCAUUUUAUUAAUAAUCUUGAGGAUUUAACUAAAUUUAUUGAUUUAUCAAAUAUACCAAAACGAUUAAAUGGUAAUAAACAAGAUUUUAAUUAUAUACCACCAACAGAACAAGAUAAUAUUAUGUUGUCUGCACUUCGUGAUGAUUCUUCUGGAAAUGAAAAAGCAAAAGAAAAUCAUAAACAAGCUUCGAUAAACUAUCUUCGUGUAACUUAUGAAUGGGCAUGUAAAAAACAUGAUAAAAAUAUCUUAGAGCAAAGGACACAAGCGAUGAAAGAAUUACGAGAUGCAUAUGAAAAACUUAUACCAUAUAUAAGUACUCGAACACAUUAUCAUAGAAAUGGAUUUCUUCAUGAACCUAUAUUUGAUAUAACUUAUCAAAAAAUUCAACAAGAAAAUAAACAAAAAAUUGUUCAUUUCUAA